AUGGUUUCUUCGAGCGCAGUGAUCGCAUCAAACUGGAUUUCAUUCCUUUCACUUGAAUCAGCUUUUAUCUGUCUUAUCACUCAAGCUCUGCGCUACAAGGGACCAAGCGGGCAGGAGAAGUAUUACAAUGGUUAUCGUGAACAGAACAUGCUGGGGGUGUUCAUCAACUUAUGGUGCGCUGUUUCGUACUUUGCAAAGAUCAUUCAAUCUCAAUCGAACAACGAUGGCUUCGUGAUCUUCACAACGCUGAGAUACGUUGACUACUGCAUGACCUGUCCUAUCCUCACACUUGACCUCAUGUGGAAUCUCGAUGCUCCAUACAAGGUCACCAGUGCCCUGCUGGUGUUGACGUGCCUGGUGCAUGCAGUAGCUUCAUUCCUGGCUCCACCUCCUGCCUCCUACGCGUGGUUCGCCAUGGGCCUCUGCCUCUUCAUCUUCACCUACGUCUUCAUCCUGUCGAUUGUGAGGGAGAGACUUGAUUUCUACACCUUCUGCGCACGAGACAACAACGCCAAGAGAAGUAUCAGGUGA